AGAUGUCGCUUUCAGUUAUCACGUGAAUUUACAACAGUAAUGAUCAGCUGUCUGUCUGGGGAGUGGUUGAGGGUUGUUUUCUUGUUUUAAAGACGAAUCCUGGUCAAAACACUUGGGGUGUUGAUAUUACUGUGAGAGAUGGCUGAAUAUUGGUUAAUUUCUGCCCCUGGGGAUAAGACAUGUCAACAGACAUGGGAGACGAUGAACAAUCACACAAGCAAGCAGAACAACUUGUGUGCCAAUUACAAGUUCCAAAUACCCGAUUUAAAGGUUGGAACCUUGGAUCAAUUGGUUGGGUUGUCUGAUGAUUUGGGAAAGCUGGAUGGAUUUGUGGAACAAAUCACUAGGAAGGUUGCUUCCUACCUUGGUGAAGUUCUGGAAGACCAGAAAGACAAGCUUCAAGAAAACUUGAUGGCUAACAACAGCGACUUGUCCACUUACAUCACGAGAUUCCAAUGGGACAUCGCUAAGUACCCAAUUAAGCAAAGUUUGAGGAACAUUGCUGACAUUAUCAGCAAGCAAGUCGGUCAAAUCGAUGCCGAUUUGAAAACUAAGAGCACUGCUUACAAUAAUUUGAAGGGCAGCUUGCAGAACUUGGAGAAGAAGCAGACUGGUAGUUUGCUAACCAGAAAUUUAGCUGAUCUGGUUAAGAAGGAACAUUUCAUCUUGGAUUCUGAGUACUUGACUACUCUUUUGGUCAUUGUGCCCAAAUCAAUGUUCCACGAUUGGCAAGCCCAUUACGAAAAAUUGACCGAUAUGAUCGUGCCACGUUCAACUGUGUUGAUCAAUCAAGAUAAUGAGUACGGCCUCUACACGGUCACCUUGUUUAAGAAGGUGGUUGAGGAAUUCAAGUUGCACGCCAGGGAAAAGAAAUUCAUCGUGAGGGAGUUCACCUACAACGAGGAAGAAUUGGCUGCUGGCAAAAAUGAAAUUACCAAGUUGGUCACUGACAAGAAGAAGCAAUUUGGACCACUUGUAAGAUGGUUGAAGGUAAACUUUAGCGAAUGUUUCUGCGCCUGGAUCCACGUUAAGGCUCUCCGUGUCUUCGUUGAAUCCGUACUUCGGUAUGGUUUGCCGGUUAAUUUCCAAGCCAUCCUGAUUCACCCCAACAAGAAAACCUCCAAGAGGCUAAGGGAUGUUUUGAAUCAAUUGUACGGUCAUUUGGAUAGCAGCGCUUUGCAAGGUUCCGGAAAUAUUGAUAGCGUAGACAUUCCCGGAUUGGGCUUUGGUCAAUCUGAAUAUUAUCCGUACGUCUACUAUAAGAUUAACGUGGACAUGAUUGACGCAAAAAUUUAAGAAGUUAGUAUAAAUUGUCACCAGCCUAAGAAUAUUUUAGAUAAUCGUACUAUUUCAUUUUUAAGCACAACAGUUUUAAUCAAAUUUAUCCAUUUUGUUUCCUUCUUUUGGUAUAUAUUAUUUUGUUUUCGUUUUUUUCUGUUUCGUUGUAAAUAACUUUAGGUGGUGACGAGGCAAACUCAGAAAUAAUGAUCGUACUUUUUAAGCGUACAAAAUAAAAUUGUUUUUUUUUCGUAAAUUAAAACAAUUAUCGAGAAUAUUUUGAUUGUACUACUUUCGUUUCUCCUUCUUAUAUAGUCCAGUAUUUUGCGAUCAUUGUAAAUAAACAUGUAAGUUAUAUUGUGUAAAUACAGAAAAAAAUAAUAAGAUUAUUUGAGGUUACGCAAUUGUUGAAAUGCUCAUGUGAAGAGUCUAUAUGUAUAUUAAUUGAUUAUUAAUUCCACUUUGUAUUAUAAGUAGGUUCUGCAAUUUAGAAUUACAUAAAUCGUUUAAUUAAGAUGUUAUGUAGUUGGUGUUGUUUGGUUUAGUUUGUUAUCAGUUACUAUUUAGUAGCCAUAAUUAAAUGAUAAAAUAAUAAAUAUUUAGAAAAAGUAA